CAGGUCCAUCGAUAACAAUACUCUGGCUGAGCUGAAAGGUUCCAGCAUCUCGUAACUUCACCGGUAGAGCGAGAGCAUUGCCUUGGAAUCGCAAACAUGUCGGACGACGAUGAUUUCAUGCAAGAUUCCGAUGAAGAGAACUACGACUUCGAAUACGAGGAUGACGACGAUGCGGAUGCUGACAAUGGCGAUGUCGAUGUCGAAAACACAUACUACAAUGCAAAGCAGAUGAAGGGCGACAAUCCCGAGGAGGCGAUUGUGGAGUUCCUCGGUGUGCCAGCGCUUGAAAAAGAGAAAGGCGACUGGGGUUUCAAGGGCCUCAAACAGGCCAUCAAGCUGGAAUUCAAACUGGGCAGAUAUGAAGAUGCCGUGAAACACUACGCCGAACUGUUGACCUAUGUGAAAUCUGCUGUCACGAGGAACUAUUCUGAAAAGUCAAUCAACAACAUGUUGGACUUCAUCGAGAAGAAUGCCGAGGACGAAGCCGCAAACGAGUGUAUGGAGAAGUUCUACUCAAAGACCCUGGAAUCUUUCCAGGCCACCAACAACGAGAGAUUAUGGCUGGCGACAAAUACCAAGCUUGCGCGGCUAUGGCUAGCCCAGAAGGACUAUCCGCGUCUCACCGAAAAGGUCCGCGAGCUGCACAAAGCAUGCCAACGCGAGGACGGCACAGACGAUCCGAGCAAAGGCACAUAUAGCAUGGAGGCGUACGCUCUGGAAAUUCAGAUGUAUGCCGAGACCAGAAACAACAAGCGUCUAAAGGGCCUGUAUCAGCGCGCGCUCAAGGUUCGCUCAGCCGUGCCCCAUCCCAAGAUCAUGGGCAUCAUCCGCGAGUGUGGCGGAAAGAUGCACAUGAGCGAAGAGAACUGGAAGGAUGCACAGGGCGACUUUUUCGAAUCGUUCCGAAAUUAUGAUGAGGCUGGAUCGCUACAGCGAAUACAAGUGCUCAAGUAUCUCGUGCUGACGACAAUGUUGAUGGGCUCUGAUAUCAACCCGUUCGACUCACAGGAGACCAAACCUUAUAAGAACGAUCCACGUAUUGCAGCCAUGACAGAACUGGUAGAUGCGUACCAGCGUGAUGAUAUUCAUCAGUAUGAGACUGUUCUGCAGAAGAACAAAGACCUCCUUGCAGAUCCGUUCAUUGCGGAAAACAUCGACGAAGUCACACGCAACAUGCGCACAAAGGCCGUGGUCAAACUAGUGGCGCCAUACACUCGAUUCCGCCUCGACUUUAUCGCAAAGCGGUUGAAAAUCUCCGUACCCGAGGUCCAGGAUAUUGUGGGCUUCCUCAUCAUGGACAAGAGGUUGCAUGGCAAGAUCAACCAAGAAGCCGGGACUGUCGAGAUCGAGAGUCGCGCAGAUCUAGACAGGAUGCACGCGGUGGCGGACUGGACUGAUGCCAUUCGUUCGCUUGCUAACGUCGUACUGAACGAGGGUGACGGGUUCAAGUCGGACGAUGCUGGAAUAGGCGGUCCAGGAGUGCCCGGAGUUGGGGACGCCUACGACUCGAUGUCACAGCUCUCUGGUAGAGCCGGGCCCCAGGGCGGGAGACGUCGACCAGGCCGCUUCGGAAUGAAAUGAACGGGCGCCUGCCUUGAGAAGAGACGCUCAGUCGGGCGUCACAGAGCGCACAGUCGAAAGGGUCGCCGAGUUUGUGGGUUGUGGAACGCUCGCCCCAGACGCCGAACCUCGAGGAAGGGGAACGGCGACCUUGUGCGCGCCACGAAGUAAUGAGGAAACGAUACUCUAAAAGAUAUUUGAAACGUGCCCGGCACCAAGGCACCUUCCGAUCAACACAGAGGAACAGCUGGAUGCUGCUCACUCACCCAUCGGAUGGUGUUGCACUCUAUCGACGGACACGAACACCAAGAGGAUGGGUCAAACGGAACCCGACGCUCUGGACGCGCGCGCCCGACCAGGAUGUUUUCUGCUCGCUUCGUAGCACAUCUUACAGGGUAUAUAAAUUGUACAAAGAUGCGGAUCCCUUUGCUGAUUCGCUCCUUCGUGA